CUUUCCAUCGGYUGUCGACACGUAUUCUCGAUAACUGUAAAAGAUACGGCUUCUAACCUUCAGAUCCUGUAAUCGGGAUGUUUAAGGUCAAAAUUAUAAAGGUUGGUCACCUCGCUGUGUUGUGUCAAUCUGCUUAAAUCAAGGACUUUUAAWCUCGAUGAAGAAGCCUUCGAAAAAUUUCGUCUUUAAAGCCACGUGUGCAGUUUUAUUACUUUUAUUCUUUGGUCAAAUUUCUUUAUUUUUUAUCUGCCGUUGUGGUGAAAGCCAGGAGCUUUGGGCCCGCGAAAAACGAAGCUUAUCAUGCGAAGAAAAGAUYAAGAAAUACUUAGAAAAAAUUGCAGAAAAAAACGAAGAAAUCAAGAAGUUAAAAAGCCAAGCUGAUGUACAAAACAGUAUCAUUCGAAAACUUGGUAAACAAAGUCAAGAUCUUACGUUACUUUUAAAGGCUUACAAGCGCUCAGAGCUGAAGUUUACCCAACAGCUACCAGAAAGCAGGAAUAGCGACUUGGUGAAGGAGUUUAACGAAGGAGAAAUCCUGACUUCUGAAUUUGAGGUGACUCAUUUUGAUAGUUACACUUGGAAUGCUGUUUAUAGCUUGAGUACUGGUCUUGGUCAUAGCCCUGGAGUACGACCUAUGCCUCGACAACCAAUAGGAAAAGAAUAUCACAGUAUCUUAAACUUUGCUGUGGGUAAAAUUAAUGAAGACUCGGAAGAUAAGAAUAUGCUGACUUCGGAUUUCGAUCUAGUUGAUGGUAUCUCCAGAACUGAUAGAAUCAAGGGCGGAGAGUAUGACUUGUACUUUAGAACAAAUCACUUAAAUGUGUAUCACAGGAUUAAAGCGUUCAGACCAUUCACUUCUCUUCAACUUGUUGGCAAUGUAGAAACAGUAGAUACGAAUCAUGACAUUAUCAACUUAAUUCUACCUCUCUCGGGCCGAAUAGAGAAGUUCAAACUAUUUAUGGAAAAUUUCGUUGCAGUCGGUAUUCACUGGGACAGAAGGUUAUUCUUAACUGUUGUAUUCUUUGGUGAAGAAGGAAAACAUGAAAUAGGGAAUAUACUUUCUAAUGUUUCAAGAACAGCAAACUUCACAAGUUAUCAGAUUAUAUAUUCUGAUAAGCCUUUCUCAAGAGGGCUUGGAUUACAGAAGGGGGCACUUGCCUGGGACAAGGGGAACGUCUUGAUGUUUUUCUGCGAUGUGGAUGUGUUCUUUACACCUGAAUUUCUGGAAAGAUGUCGCUUUUAUACAGCACCAGGUCAUCAAGUGUAUUAUCCAGUUGUAUUCAGCUUAUUUAAUCCCAUGGUCGUCUACGGCGGCAAUCCUCCUCCCCUUAGAGAGCAGUACAAGAUUAACCGUGAGACAGGAUAUUGGAGAGAUUUUGGGUUUGGAAUGGUGUGCCAUUACAGGAGUGAUUUUUUACAAACAGGAGGUUUUGACUUGACCAUUAAGGGAUGGGGCAAAGAAGAUGUUAAAUUAUACCGUAAAUAUUUAAACAGUAAAAUUAAGGUAGUGCGAGCUGUAGACAGAGGGAUAUUUCAUAUGUAUCAUCAUAAAUAUUGCAGCCGCAAUUUGACUAGUUCGCAGUAUGUAGCCUGUCUUAACAGCAAGGUAAAAUCUGAGGCUUCUCAUAUUCAAAUGGGGUUGCUGGCUUUUGGAGGAAGGAUUUUUGAAAGCAGUGAUCCAGAUUGGUUUGAACAGCUGCAGGCAUCGGCUCCGAAAAACAAAAGACCAGAUCCCCCAACUUCAACAGCUUCAAUUACUAAUAACUCUGAAUCCAAGGUUGAUGUCAAUCAAGACAAACAAAAAUACAUACAAAUCAAAAGUGAAACUAAAACAACUGCCUGAUAAUUUGUUUUAA